CAAAAAGGUGCCAUAUAUCGAAGACCCAUAGUGCAUUUUUUUCUCAAAAAGUAUUCAUAUGAAAAAUCGGAAUUGUAAUUUUCUCAUGCUAAAAUUGAUUUUGUAGUGGAUCAUUACCACAUCCUUUUGAUUCGAAUUCACAAAUUGCUAGAUUUAGGUGUAGAAUCAGCAUAACAACGAAAAAUUUUCGCACUCACACCAUGUUAAAAUUGGAGAAAUUUUUUCUCCAAAUCCUCUUUUGCAGUUUACUUUUACUCUCAAAAUUAAUUGAGCUUUUGGGUUGAGCAAGGUUUUUCAUCCCUGAAGCUGGCACAACUUUUUCAUCUAGAUGGGGAGAUUGAUACAAUUAACCAUUUUGUUUGUUAUUAUUUCCAUCACGUGCUUGAUGAAAUUGCUAACAAGGGUUUCCGGUAAGGUUUGAUAGCCUUUUGUCUUUUAUCAUGCAAAUACUGACUCGUCAGAUAUAUAUCUACUGAUUAGAGAUAUUUACUCUACUGAUUCUCUGCCAUUGUUUGUUUUAACUUUAGUCGAGUGAGAUAAUUUAUGAAUAUUAGAUUUCUAGUUAAAUGUAAAGUCCAGAGGAAUAUAAAACUCGCCAGUGACACUAUGUCAGCGUCUCUCGAGUGCUCUGCCACGCCGAGUAAGGGCUUUCCAUUCUUAUCCUAACCCUCCAAAUAAAAUUCUUUAGUUGCUUCACUGGAUCUCAACCUUUUCAGCUAAUGCUUUGACAUGAAAGAACGAGCAGACGACUAGCAAUUGGUAAUCAGAUUGCAUGUAUUUCAGGUCACAAAAUCGGAAAUUUCUGAGAAUAACGAGAACACAAUUCUUGGGUCUUUCAAGAAGAAGGCAAUUGAUGCCUCCUCAAAGUUCUGACAAUCUUUGACCAGGAGGAGGAGGAGGAGGAGCAGCAGCAAAGUUAAAGUUAUAUGUGUAGUAUUCGAGGAUGAACAUGACCCGGAGGAACUGAAGUCUGGAUGCCUAGCGUCAAGAACUUAUCCUGAAAGAGUUACUGCCUGAAAAACACGAUGACUACCAUAUGAUGCUAAGGUAACCUUCUUCUUGCUUACACGGUCUCCAAGAUUCUUUACUGCCGGUGUUCUGGUAUAAACUGGUCUGCAACUAUAACUAGAACAGUUAUGGUUUUGAGAUGGAUGCAAUCAUUGCAAUGUACACACCUUUUUAGUUCAAUAGAAGCAAUUUAAAUCGCACAAGGAGUGCAAAUUUUAAUUAUCUAUUGCUUGGUGAAUACCUUGAGAAUUGAGAUUUGCAGUUUGAGAAACUGUAUUCUUUUUACUCGAGCUUGUAUAGAUUAUAAGCCUAAUUAUUUUUAAGUUUUAAUACCAUUGCUAAAGAAAACUUCUCGAGUUUGAAGAUUAGGUUGUUAUUUGCUUAUGCUGCAGAAUUUGUAUGCAAUGAAGAAACUUUUCAUGUAGAUUUUUAUUUUGUCCAUAAAUCACAUUCUUCACAAUGACGCCAAAGACUUUAGUUCUAAAAGAUAAGAAAACUGCAGCCAGGUUCCUAUAGUUUUAUCGGGCUGAACAGGUUUUUGAAGGCAAGGGAAUUUGAUAUUGAGGAAACGAAGCAAAUGUGGUCUGAUAUGAUUCACUGGAGGAAAGAUUUUGGUUCUGACACAAUUAUGAAGUGAGCUACCUGGGCGGUACAUGCACCUGUGCACAUAUAGGUGGAUGUAUGCGUUCUGAUAAGGGUCAUUGGGAAGAUCCAGAGAUUAUGAAGAUGGUAUGUAAUGGUGCGCACAAAUGUGGUAAUAAAACAGUCGCCGUGGAGGAGAAAAUGAUUUCAGAGGAUGAGAAUGUGAAAAACAAAUCUUUCAAGUUGAGAACAUAUUCUCUUCCGGGUUCAAGGGAAAACAUAGCAUGUCCAUGGUUCUCAUCUGUUCUUGAAGAAGUAGUGUCAUAAUCGUCAAUAAGGCCAUCGAUGCAACACGGUCACAAGCAGUGAAAAUAGAUAACUCUGCUCUUUCUAAAGGUACAUAGUUGUACUCUUUAAUAGAUGUGAGAGCAAUAAUAAAUGUAAAAAUAAUAAAAUACUAGCAAAGCACACUAAGAUUUUAGUUGAAUCACUCCAUGUGAGAGAUACGUUCACUAGCUGCUGUAGGUUUUCAUUAUAAUGAAGAAGAUGAGCACGAAAUUUUCUCAUGCCUCUUCAAUCUGUGCCUCAAACAAAAAAAUCCCCACUAAAUAUUUCUUUAUUGUAAGAAAAUUUUGACGAACUGAUACAUGUAUGAAAGCUCAAUAUUCGCCCACUCUUCGAGAACUGUUCAUAUGGAA